AUGGCAGACGGCGAACCACCCCAAGGACAACUCUCGGAAGAACUCUCCAGCAAUGAGGAGCGAGAAGUGCGCGGAGCCAUAUUGUCUCAUGAAGAGUACAUUGCUCCUAAUUUAACGAGCGGUGGCCAAACACGUUCCUUCAGCUUCGUUUCCGAAAUGACUGACUUCCAGAACAACGGUGGUAUGCGACAUCAGCCGGCUUUGUAUGCAGGCAGAUUCGUCAACGCAUCGCAAUCGCAUACAAGGCAUGAUGUCGUAACUGAAGAAUAUGAAAGUGAUCUCGCCAUUAUGGAGUUACAAUAUGGGUCUUUCGGUGUUCAAAAUGGCGCCGCGAUUGACGAUUCCUCGCCCGAAGUUGUGUUUCAGUUUAAUAAUCACCCAGGCAUCCAAAACGUCCAACGUCCUAUGGACGGAACAACUGCACAAUCACUUCCCCAUGUUCCACUGGUGUCGCGACCACCACCAGAUAACGUUCCAUCAGCUGCAGUAGGCUCUACGCUUGGCCCCUCCUCAAGUGCUCCUGACUUUGGCAUGUCGGGACCUGCUAUCGAAGAAACCGAUCUAGCGAAACUGAUGCAAGCAAUGUCUCUUGCUGUGGCAAAUGGUAUCAAGGAAGGAGUACAGAGAGCACUGAAGGCGGUAGAUGCACAAAAGUCCAACAACAGGCCUGGUGGUGUUGUCAGCAAAUGUCGCAACGUCACUGGGAAAUCUGUGCGGAUGGAGCUUGAUGAGGACGAAUAUUUUGGAGACGCCAAUGAACGCAAAACUCUUACCAAACGGACGAAAAGUCAGAGAGGUCCGCGGGAUAACAACACCCUCAAUGCACGAUUCAGACAGUAUCUUCGGAGUAAGGGUGUUCUACCCAUCGAUGGUGGUUUGCCAGUUGGUGCAUCGCCCUCUGUGGUCGAAGCCUUCAUUGAUGGAACUGGGGAUGGACCUGACAUUGCAAUGCUGCUCGUCGAUUGGACCAGUGAGUUAAGUUCUCAGUGGAACAGAGAGUUGAUCCUGCUCCUCUCCCGAGAAUUCCUCAAUCGAAUCAAGUCGGGCUUAGAAUUUCCUUUGCUCUUCGAUCCUGAAGCCAUGACAGAGACAAUUUUAAUGCGCUCUUGCACCGCGAAAUUGAGGCGCGUGCAUGCACAAGUCCGUCAUGCAGGUUCUGAUGAGUGGAAGAAAAGAAAAGUCAAUGAUGCGGCAGCGCUGCGUCGCAAUAUGCGUCGCCAGGGCAUAUUCAUGAGACGUGCCCAGGUCGUCAACACGAACAAGCGUAGCUCACCGACUUUAUGGAGCGCCGUCGAGGAUGUCUUAGAGAAGCUUGAGGUUGCCGGGAUGAGCUCAGAUCACACGGACGAAGAAGCUAGCAGUCGCCACAAAGUCGUUCACAGAGCGCGCUUGCUGUGGCGUCAUGAAGACAUCGAUGCUUUGUUGUCGGCUAUCGAUAGUUACCAGACCAUGUCCGGAGCUCUGCAGUCGAGAGGGAAUCGAGCUCUGCCUCGCAUUCAGGAGCUCUCGUCCAAGUCUCCGAAGUCGAGCCGGCUAUGCGUUCGCGGCCUACCAAAGUCUUACUACGACCCGCAAUGGCUAGCUUCUUUGACGAAAGUCGAGCGGUCCAGAGUAGGAUGCACGAGCGAUAACGAGAUACCUCACCUAGAUCCGUUUGACGGUUAA